UCUCCCUUUCUUUCGGACCCCUCCCCCCUUGGGUUUCCUCUCUUUUUCUUUUUUGCAUUUUCCGUCUCCCUUUCCCCAUCUUGCCAUCCCCAACUUUCCCCUCCUCUUUGCAGUUCUACCUUCAGCCCUUACUCUUUUCUGCUUCCGUUUGCAUUUUCCUCUCUCCCUGGUUUUCACCUACCCGUCUCUCUUCCUUCCUUGUAAGUUUCCUCUCCCCUUCUAUUUCACCUUUUCCUGCUUCCUUACAGUGUUGUCCCCUCCCCCGUCCCCCUUGUAUCUUCUGUCUUGUACAGCAGCCGCGUACAAGUCUUAAAAAGUACAAGCUGAUGACUAGAAGUCACCCUCUUCAUCUUUGGUGUAGCUGUAAACAUGACUUGACAUCCUGAUGACUGCAUUCAUGGCUCUUGGAUGAUCUGGUGCACCAUGGAGCUCAAAGUAUGGGUGGAUGGAGUCCAGAGAAUCGUUUGUGGGGUUACUGAAGUCACAACUUGCCAGGAGGUGGUGAUAGCCCUGGCUCAGGCUAUAGGUCGUACUGGAAGAUACACACUAAUAGAAAAAUGGAGAGAUACAGAGAGGCAUUUGGCACCUCAUGAAAAUCCUAUAAUUUCAUUGAACAAAUGGGGACAGUAUGCAAGUGAUGUGCAGUUAAUAUUACGCCGCACAGGGCCAUCCCUCAGCGAGAGGCCAACUUCAGACAGUGUUGCUCGAAUACCUGAAAGAACUUUGUACCGACAAAGCUUACCGCCAUUAGCCAAGCUAAGGCCUCAGAAUGACAAAUUAAUAAAAAGGAGGGAGCCAAAAAGGAAGUCUUUGACCUUCACUGGGGGUGCAAAAGGGUUAAUGGACAUUUUUGGGAAAGGUAAAGAAUCUGAGUUCAAGCAAAAGGUGCUCAACUGUAAGACAACAGCUGAAGAGUUGAAAAAACUGAUCCACCUCCAAACUGAGAAGCUUCAGUCCAUUGAGAAGCAGCUGGACUCAAAUGAGGCUGAAAUCCGAUACUGGGAACAGAAAUACAAUUCCAGUCUGGAAGAGGAAAUUACCAAAUUUGAGCAGAAAAUCAAAAGAAAUGAAGUAGAGAUUGAAGAGGAAGAGUUCUGGGAAAAUGAACUUCAGAUUGAGCAAGAAAACGAGAAGCAGCUGAAGGAACAACUCCUGGAGAUCAGGCAAAGGAUCCUGGAGUGCGAGAGCAAGUUAAAAGACUAUAUGACUCAAAUCCACAGAAUGGAGAGUGGCCUUGAAGCAGAGAAGUUGCACCGGGAAGUUCAGGAGUCGCAGGUGAAUGAAGAAGAGGUCAAAGAGAAGAUUGAGAAGGUAAAAGGUGAAAUUGAUAUUCAGGGCCAACAGAGUCUGAGGCUGGAAAAUGGCAUUAAAGCUGUAGAAAGGUCAUUGGGCCAAGCCACCAAAAGAUUACAGGACCGAGAACAAGAACUGGAGCAGCUAACGAAGGAGCUAAGACAAGUAAAUCUCCAACAAUUUAUCCAGCAAACAGGAACAAAGGUCACAGUGCUACCAGCAGACCCUAAUGAAGUGGAGGCUUCACACGCACAACUUGAAAGAGAGACAACAUUUCAGUCUGGGUCCCUGAAACGCCCAGGUUCAUCAAGGCAGCUCCCCAGUAAUCUUCGAAUUCUACAGAAUCCACUGUCGUCUGGUUUUAACCCUGAGGGCAUUUAUGUAUAACAUAUAUACCUCUUCUGAAGAGGACCUAUGAAGGUACCAUGGACAGUAUAAGUUCCUUCCUUCCUUUUUUGAUUAUACCAAUGAAGAAUGAAAGAAGCUUUUCCUCUUUAAGCCACCACAUGUUGUGUUUCUUCAUUCUACACCCCACGUGGAGCCAUACCCCCUGCACUGAUGCAAAAGAACUGUGCAGCUAUACAGCUGGCAGUGUUGAAGUUGCUGUCCAAUAACUAUUGAUGCAAAAGCCUUCAUUUUUAUUAUUGCUAUUUCAGAAGUAUUUAGAAAAGUAUUAUUCCAUAUAUAGGCAUAAAUAAAACACUGACUGAGCAGAGUGAAGGAACCUGUUUGCAACUGGUUUAAGGUUUAAUUUAUUCCAUGCAAUCCAUGGAGGUGUGAAUGUUGACCUUUACAGUGGUUUUUAUUUUAUUAUUUUAAACUUAUGACUAACUAUAUAAUAUCAUAUUUCUCAGUCUGACCUUUGACUUUUGUGUGUGUAUAAAUGUCCAGUGUUUCAUCACAUUAACAAUUCACAACCACAGGAGUGUUGUGGGGGUGCUGUAUCUUUAAAAUAGUUUCUAACCACUGAUUUUGUUUGUUACAUUUUGGAUUAUGAUGCAUCGCAUCACAUCCAUUGCUACCUUUUUAGGCUUGAAAGGUGAGUUUGUGGGACUAGCUUCCUAUUGAUUCUGCCUUGAAUGAAUCAUUAAAAGAUUAUGGAAUUUAAAGCUGGCUUGGUAAGACUAUUUCCAGCAUAUGAUUGAGGAUGCACUAGUUAGACAGUAUUUUAUUAUAUAGAAUGUAUAUUUAAGAUAUUGUGCCACGUUGCGUAUGCCUUUUGAGAAAAGAACAAUAUAAGGGAUCUUCAUUGUAUGUCUUACUAAAAAGGGGUGUGAGGCUUUUCACUGUGUGUGGUUUUUACUCUUUUUCACCAGCCAGGACAGUGUUCUUAUUUUCCUGUAAAUGUGUUACUAUUCUUUUAAAAAAAAAAAAAAAAAAAAAAAAUCCACACACAUCAUUUAGCAAAAUGAUAUCUAAAAGAGCUGUGGUGAUAUCCUGGUCCCAUUGAAAUUAAUAGCAAAAUUCCCUUUGAGUUCACUGGGACCAGGAUUUCAUUCCUGCUCCCCAAAAUGUUAUGGAACAUGGUUUUUCUUUAGUUAUGCAAGACUAUUUCUGUUCAGAGUUUUAUAGAGCAUGUAUUUUACAAGUGAGAGGUAGAAGAUAAACAUUCACAGAUUCACUGGUA